AGUAUCACACAGGUGAGGCAUUCAGAUUAUCAUGUCUCCACCCUCUACUGCCUGAGGAUACUACAUUGCAGACACAGGAGCACACGCCUCUGACUUAACAAGAUUAUCCUGAGUAUGUUGGCCGAAAUGGAGACGAUGGCUUACGUAACUGAGAUCAGACUGAACGGAGGUCGGGGCCCCUGGAGCAGAGUGGCUCCCUCCUCCUGCCCGGAGGUGGACCUGGAGGUCAUCGAGGAGUACUUGCAGGAGCACUCACUGGAGGUCCAGCCUGCGCACACACCCGCUGCACCUCCAACCACCAUGGGGCAACAAAUGCAGGCACACUCCCACCAGAGCACCAGGAUCAUAGAAAACAGCUGGUCAGGUCAGCAUCCAUAUGAGUGGCACUGUGGCUCUCACACUCCUAAUGAGGAAUAUGAAGAGCAAGCCCUGCCUCCCACCUGGCCUAGUCCCCAUGACAACCAAUGGGACCACAUUGCGUAUUACUACGAGGCACCUGCAUACAUUGACUCAGACUCGCUGUCCAGUAGCUCCCAGUACCAGGAAUACCAAGAUCCCCCAUCACCAAUGUCUGACAGGGGAGGCAGGAAUGACGGAGACUCUCUGCCUCUUGCCCCACUUUCAGGAAAGAGGAAGGAGCGCUUGUUCCAUUUCCUGUUCGAGAUGCUCCAGACUCCAUCGAUGCGGAGCUGCAUCUGGUGGGUCCAAUCCCCCUCUGGCACGUUCCAGUUCUCCUCCCAAAACAAGGAGUGCCUGGCCCAGCUGUGGGGACGGCGAAAAGGUAAUCGCAAGACCAUGACCUACCAGAAGAUGGCCCGGGCGCUGAGGAACUACUCACGCACCGGUGAGAUAAAGAAGGUGAAGCGGAAGCUUACCUACCGGUUUGAUGAGAAGAUACUGAGAGGCCUACAAGGAAACUCUAUUACAGUGUAGGAACCAUGAUGGAGAGUGUAUAUAAGCAUAUAAAUAGAAUAAGCACAAUGGAUAUUCAGAUGCUUGUCCCAUUAAAGUGUAACUUUACCCCCAGGUCUGAGCUCAGAUAAGAGGGCAUUAACAUUAUUAUUUCUAAUACAUUUCAUGCUACAGAUAAGUCCCAACCUGUCGACGAUAUAUCAACAUUGGCCUUGUGAGGUUUAGAGCUGAUAUAACAUGGAUGAUGAUAGAUGGCGUGUUUCGUCCGAUGAAAUUCAGAUUUUCACAAAUAUAUUAAGAAAUGUCAAUAUUAACACAAGCCUUUCUUAGUUUUUUAUCCCAGUACAGUCUUAUAUUUUAGUGUUCAACUCAAAAAACAUUGUCAAUGUCCUUUCUGUUGAUUCUAUUUCUAUGCCAUGUCGAAACAAAUGAGUACUAAGUAUUUGAAAAGCUAGAUGAUGAAACACUGUAGGUCAGACUGGCAGUAAAACAUAUGUAAAUCUAAAAGGUUGUCACAUAAUAUCUACUUUAUAAGUAGAACUUAAAUCCUUCUUAAAAUGAAGGCGUGUUUCCUGAUUUUGUGAGAUAUAAGAUGUUUAAAAUGUUUAGACAUGUAUAAAGAUGUGUUUGUGUCAAGUUGUAUUAAGAUGAAAUAAAAUAAAAAUAUUUUCAGAAUA